GUCCCCAGGAGCCUAUGGGCCAUUGAACCCCGUGCCAUGAUUACAUCUCUAAAGACUUGGAAUCCGGGCACCGCUCCCUCUGCCAGGGCCCCGUGGAAAGGAAGCUGUGCCCAGGACAGUGGGGAUCCUGUGAUGGCCAGCCCCGCCUCUCCGUGCUCCCGCCCUUUCCCACACGCCAGCCAGGGGAGGUGGAGAACUGGGCUCAGUAAGGAUACUGUUGGUGGCAGUGAGGAGAAUUCCGGCCAGACCUCAACCCGACCGACCCCAGCUCAGCGCCAAGCCCUCAGCGUGGACUGGUCUGGUCCUGGGAGCCCUCGGAGACUCUACCUGACCGUCCAGGCACUCCAGGACAAGGUGUGUGCAUGCAAGAGUCAGGAGAAGAAGGAGGAGAAACAGCAGAAGAGGCCGGCACUGGCCCCCAAGCGGGCCCGAGACUCGGCCCAGGCAAAGGAAGCCCACACCAUGAAUGUUGAGAAACCAGGUGGGAGGCUCUUCGGCAGCGGGAAGUGCUCAGGCCUACCUGGGACCCGCCAGUUACCCAUGAUCCAGAAGAUGGUGGAGUCCAUGUCCCAGCUCCAGGAAGAGAAGGGCCGGCUGCAGGAGCAGUUAAUGGCGUUGCAGAAAAAGCUGGCCCUUCGGGAGAAUGACCAGCAAGCUGUGUCCACUCAGCUGCAAGCUCAGGUGGAAAAUCUGAAGGAGAAACUCAUUGGCCAGGUCCAAGAAGUGAACAGACUCCGUUCAGAGCUGGGAGGCACAGACUUGGAGAAACACCGGGAUCUCCUGAUGGUGGAGAAUGAGCGCCUGCGGCAGGACAUGAAGCGAUGUGAGGCCGAGCUGCAGGAGCUGAGGGCGAGGCCUCCCCCGUGCCCGGACUGUGAGCAUAUCAAGGAGAGUGCCCAGCUGCGAGAGAAGCUGGCCCAGCUGCAGGUGGAGACGGAGGAGAACAAGGGUCGGCUGGCCGAGCUGGACCUGGAGGUGCAGCAGAAGACCAACCGUCUGGCCGAGGUCGAGCUGCGCCUCAAGGACUCUCUGGCUGAGAAGGCCGAGGAGGAGGAGAGGCUGAGCAGGCGCCUGCGGGACAGCCAGGAGACCAUCGCCACCUUGAAGGCUCAGCCUCAGCCAAUUAAGUACAUCAUCAAGACAGUGGAAGUAGAUUCAUCCAAGACCAAGCAGGCCCUGUGUGAAACCCAAGCCCGGAACCAGUAUUUACAGGAGCAGGUGGGGAUGCAGAGACAGGUGCUGAAGGAAAUGGAACAGCAGCUUCAGAAUUCUCAGAAGACUGCAGCCCAACUCAAGGCUCAGAUCAUGAUGUAUGAGUCGGAGUUGGAGCGGGCUCAUGGGCAGAUGCUGGAGGAGAUGCAGACCAUGGAAGAGGAUAAGAACCGGGCCAUUGAGGAAGCUUUUGCAAGGGCCCAAGUAGAAAUGAAGGCUGUGCAUGAAAACCUGGCAGGUGUCAGGACCAACCUCCUGACUCUGCAGCCGGCCCUUCGGACCCUCACCAAUGACUACAAUGGCCUGAAGAGGCAGGUUCGAGAUUUCCCUCUCCUGCUGCAGGAAGCCCUGAGGAGUGCCAGAGCAGAGAUUGGCCAAGCCAUUGAAGAGGUGAACAGCACAAACCGAGAGCUGCUCAGGAAAUACCGCCGGGAGCUACAGCUCCGAAAAAAGUGCCACAACGAGCUGGUGAGACUGAAAGGAAACAUCCGUGUGAUCGGUCGGGUCCGGCCCAUCACCAAAGAGGACGGAGACGGGCCUGAGGCUAGCAACGCAGUGACCUUUGACUCCGACGAUGAUGCUAUCAUCCACCUGCUACAUAAGGGAAAGCCCGUGUCUUUUGAGCUGGACAAGGUGUUCCCUCCACAUGCAACCCAACAAGAUGUGUUCCAAGAAGUCCAGGCCCUGAUCACCUCGUGCAUCGAUGGCUACAACGUCUGCAUCUUUGCCUACGGACAGACGGGCGCUGGCAAAACGUACACGAUGGAGGGAACACUUGAAAACCCUGGGAUUAAUCAGCGGGCCCUUCAGCUGCUCUUCUCAGAGGUGCAGGAGAAGGCAUCAGAUUGGGAGUAUACCAUCACAGUCAGCGUGGCAGAGAUUUACAACGAAGCCCUCAGGGAUUUGCUGGGAAAGGAGCCCCAAGAGAAGCUGGAGAUUAAGCUGUGUCCUGAUGGCAGUGGCCAGCUGUAUGUCCCGGGGCUGACGGAGUUCAAAGUGCAGAGUGUGGAAGACAUCAACAGGGUAUUUGAAUUUGGUCACACCAACAGGACCACUGAAUACACCAACCUCAACGAGCACAGCUCUCGGUCCCAUGCCCUUUUAAUCAUCACUGUCCGGGGCACUGACUAUAGCACGGGGCUCAGGACCACUGGGAAGCUAAACCUAGUGGAUCUGGCUGGAUCAGAACGUGUGGGCAAGUCUGGAGCAGAGGGCAGUCGGCUCCGAGAGGCCCAGUACAUCAACAAGUCUCUGUCGGCCCUGGGAGAUGUGAUCUCUGCUCUUCGGUCCCGCCAGGGCCACGUGCCAUUCCGUAACUCCAAACUCACCUACCUACUCCAGGACUCCCUCAGUGGGGACAGCAAAACCCUCAUGCUGGUGCAGGUUUCCCCCGUGGAAAAGAACACCAGCGAGACCCUGUGUUCUCUGAAGUUUGCUGAGAGAGUGAGGUCUGUGGAGUUGGGCCCAGGGUCCCGUAGGGCUGAGCUGAUGUCAUGGUCUAGUCAAGAGCACUUGGAGUUUGAGGGAGGCUCAGUCCAGACUCCAUCUUCCACCCGAUCCUAUUCCUCUUCUAGUUCUGGGGCUCCCAUUAGCCGGUCCAGCUCAAUCCGGAGGAAGCUGCAGACCUCAGGAAAGACGAAACCAGUGCCAGUGUGAUACACCAGGAGCCAACAUCUGGGUGUCCGGUGCAAGGUUGGAGGAAGGACAUUGCAUACUGCUUAACUCCUCCCUUUCUACCCAGAAUUAAGGACUCUAAAUGUGCAAAGACUGUUCUUAGGCCCAGGAAGGAGAGGGCUUCUCCUUUCUGCCCUGGACUCUCUGCUUCUCCCCAGCCCUAUCCCCAACAGAUGUGAAAUUAGUUUUGAAGGAAAUGAAUCUUUUUCCCAGCCUAGACUUCAGGGAGCACAGAUUGUGUUUGUUGGCGUGUUGGUGGCUGAUGGGCCUGGCUGGACCAUAGGCGCAUCCCAGCCAGCAGGACUGGCCUCCUCGCCCUACCUGUGGGCUGCAAGCGUUUUAGGUUGCAAGGAGGCACCUUGGUCUUUGGGCCUCAAGUUGGCUCAUCUGAGGCUUGUGUUAGUCCAGAUGGUGAGAGCUGGGCCUAACCCUGGGAGCAGGUGCCCACCUGUCUGGGAGCUGACAUACAGUACGUUCUGUGCUUCUGACUCAGACCUAAUCGUGGACAGAGGUGGGCAUCCCUCAGGACCUCAGAGCAGUACAUCGGAAGAACCUGGGCUUUGUUCACCUACUCUUUCUCACAUCCCUGGGGCCUCCCAGGGCCCAUCUCUUAGCCUGAGGCCUGCUGCCAGAUCCCCUGCCUAUGGGGGCCCUAGGGGCUGGAACUCAACUUGUUUUGUGGGAUUGGUCUGGAUUUUGCUCUUUGUGGGUUUUUGGUUCAAAUGUCCCCUUAAAGCCAGUGGGCAAAGAGGAAACUUAGAUGUCCUUGUGAUUUCCCUGUGAGAACACGAUGGCAUCAAGAAAUUAUCUUCAUUCAGUUAUGUGGGCUGCCACACUGUGGGCUCCUUAUGGCUGCACCUGAAGGCUAGAGAGGAGGGACCUGUCUGAGAAGAAAGGGGACAGAAGACACUGGCUUUCUCCAUGGCUUCUCCAGUUCACCCCUUUCCACAGUGACUCUCCUUAUUCUCCUUACUCCAUGGAGCUACCCUCCUUCCUCCAUUUCCAUCCAUCCACAUGACUUGGUUUUCUGGAAAACUAUUAGCCUGUAGAACCCAAGAGGCUGCUCUAACCUCUCGUCCUUGCCAUGCAGAGGAGGGAGGCUGGGAAUGCCCAGGCUAAGACCUCCAUCUGAGAACACUGUGGGGCUAGAGAAAGGUGGUUGGCUCCCUUCCAUCUCCCGGCGUAACAUCCUCUCAACCCCUGUUCUUUCUGCUUCCCAAGGGAAUGAUGCACUUUAUGGAAAAAGUCAACAGACUACCCCAUCCAAUCAUCUUGGAGGGAAGAGGUGAAGACUCCUGGGACACACUGGUUCAAAACAACAUGGCAGAUGGGGGGAAACUGGCUUUUAAAACGCAGGUGGCUGGUGGGCAGGCGGCCAGGGGCAGUCUGCCCACAGUUGCAGGGAGCUCUGUCCCCUAAGCCCUCACCUGUGCAGAGAUCCCAGGGAGGGGAUCAUCUUACCCCAGGAGGGGGUUUCAGUCCUGAAACCCUAGCUUCCUUCUCACUUCCUCCACCCUUCUCAGUUCCCUUAGGUUUAUAUUUGGCAAAGCCAAGGGAGGGGAAGGGUCUGGAAACCCAAAACACAAAGGGAGGGGGCCAACUAGCUAACUCCCUCCAGGUGGGAAGCAAACGUGUGAAAAGUGAAUUUGUAUAUACCUGUGUAUAGGUGUACAUAGACAUGCUGGAGAGUUAAUCUAAUGGGUGGACAUAUAUUUUAAGUUUUUCUUCUCUCAAUGGCCUCCCCCCACCCCCACCCAGGCUGUUGCUGGACACAUAUUUAUAUCUCCCAGAGCUCAGUGCCCUCAGGCUCAUUUUUUGUGAAGUUUGAUUGUUGUUUGUGACCUGACCCUCUUGGAGGCCAAGAGAUCCUUGUGAGGGAUGGCCAGGGGCCUGACAUGAUGCUGAGUGGCCUCGGACACUUUAUAUCCAAUCAUCUCAGAUGCACUGAUUUCUCUUUUCCCACUACAGCCCUUUUUAAUGUUUCUCUCAUAAUUCCUAACCAAGAUCUUUUGGAAUAUGAGCUGUUUUUACUGAUUUUAAUAAAGAGAGCUCUUUUGCACAAA